AUUAAUGUUUCAGAUCUCGUCCUCGGAGAAGUAAAAGUGGUCGGCAGAUCGGGCGGUAUAUAAGCGGUGCGCGCGCGCAGCGGCCAUCACACAAGCGACAUGUCCCGUCUGACCAUUGUAGCUCUUGCCCUCAUCGGGUGCGCAGUGGCGGAGCCCCCAGUGGGCUACAGCUACUCAGCCCCAAUCCUCUCCGGCCAUAGCUCAGGGUCGGAGCUCAGCAUCGGGGGCCACUACAGCCAGGUGCCCGUCGGCUACCAGACGUCGGAGGGCUACCACAUCGACCCCCAUCUACUGGAGAAGAUCCGCCACAUCGUCCUGAAGGACGAGAUCCAAAACGAGGCGUACAGGUCCGCGCAAUCGUCCCACGGCAUCUCGUCCCACUACGGCGCACCUGCGCCAGUAUACGGUGUUCCCCACGAGAGAGUCGUCGGUGUUGAGUUGGAGUCCCUGCAGCAGGGUAUCCAGGUGGCGCAAUACCACCAGGCUCUCGGUGGUCACGGUGGCUACGCCGGCGGCUACUCCAGCGGCUACUCGAGCGGCCUUUCUGGUGGCUACUCCGGCGGCCUUUCUGGCGGCUACUCCGGCGGCCACUCUGGCGGCUACUCCGGCGGCCUAUCUGGCGGCUACUCUGGCGGCCACGGUUCCAUCUCCUACAGCGCCCCGUCUGCCAGCUACACCACCAUCAACGUACCCUCGGGGUCCUACGGCAUCCCCCCCUCAUCGUCCUACGGCUCUCCCCAUCAUUAACCGACUCGUGAUCACUAGCCGUAGCUGUAUUAUAUUUGUUGUUAUUUUAAGCUUCUGUAAA